CAUUCCGUAUGCCCGCCACUAGUAUAUUUUAAAAAAUUACACAUAGUACAUGUUUGUCAAAUUUCAUUACCAUAUCUAAAAUGGUAUUACAAUAAUGUUGAAAUACUAUAUACUAUUUUAUACAAAUUAGAGCAAGUACCCAAUUUCCAUUUAAAAAAUUCUUAUAUUGGUCUAGAUGUAGGACUGACAUGGUGGUCACGUAUCCCGAGGUGUACCGCCAGAAACCAGAAUAGGAAUAAGGCGAAAAUAUGAAUGUUUUUACAUAAACUAACUUGCAAGAGCGAUGAAUAUUCACUGAAUAAUCAGAUACGGAUAUGGUGAUACAAAAUACGUCGAUAGAUGGUGUACCAAUCCUCCGCCGACUGAUCAUAGCGAUUAUCGUAUAAGGAAAAGAAGAAAAUUGACGCAUAAGGUUAUGUGUUAUAUUUUAACUUUGUUGUUCACGUCCUAAACACAAGAGCCUAUAGUAUGCCGAAAAACAUUAUAAAAUAUGACAGUAUUGCAUGAUAUAUUAAAAUAAUAUUAAUUUAUAAAAAAUAAAUGGAAAAUUUAUUUGACGAAAUUGGGAUUCCUAAAAAUCACAUUAGGAAAUCUAGUAAAAAUGAUAGAUUUGUUGUCUUAGUUAACAAACAAUGGUUGAAGUCAUUAUGCAAACAUUCCACUUUAACAGAAUUUAUUCCACAUCCUAAUCUGGAAUCUUGGCCACUUAAUGAAGAAUUUAGUUCAUGGUUGAGAAUAUUUGUAUCUAUUUACAAGAAACGGGAUGCCAAAGUCAUACCUUUGCCUAGAAUUAGACAGUUAUUAAAAGAAGACAAUCCAUUAAUGUAUCAUCAACUUCUGCAAUACAUUUGCCAAACAAACUACAAAAAUCUGUGGAAGGAUGCAUAUAAAAAAUAUGUAGUAUCAGAAUUCAAUAGAGAGACUCAGGUCCCAUUAGUAUACUAUAAUGAUGUUCUACGGGAGAUUUUAUUAAGAAUCUAUGGGUGUCCGAUUGUAAAUAGUUUGGAUACUCAGGACAGUCAAGAUAAUUCAAAGAGUUUUGAUACUCACCCAAAUAUUCUGCUAGCUAUAUGUGGUAUUGAGACCUUGAAUGCAUUUUUUUUGUUUCAUUUUCCAUAUUUUGAUCAUACACUCAGUGAUUGUGUGACAUUCAGUCCUGCAAUUUUGGAUAAGUGCUGGACAAAGCCACUCUUUAUCAUCUAUCAGUUAUUACAGUUAUUAAAAUCUUUUCAUGACAGAAGUUUGACAUUGGGAGAUAUUAGUUUAAAUGAUAUAUAUUUAACGGAGAAUUUGUGGAUCCAUAUUUUCCCACAAGUCAGUUCAAAUAUUUACAUGAGCGACAACUUAAAAUCGGACAAGCUCAUGACAAUAAAAGAUUGUAAAUUAGGUCACAAGUUUGUUAACAAUUUGAGGUGUGAAAAUUGUGGUUUAAGUACUUUUGAUAAAGUUUCAAUUGUAAACAAAAACCUACAAGAACUGUCUAAUCUAUGGAUAGAAGGGAAGAUAUCUAACUUUACAUACAUUUCUGUUUUAAAUAAGUUUUCGGGUCGCAAACUUGGCGAUCCCAAUUGCCAUUAUGUAUUUCCAUGGGUAACUGAUUUUGCUUCAAGCAAUGGCAAAAAUUGGAGAGAUUUGAAGAAGUCAAAAUAUAGACUUAAUAAAGGAGACAGACAGUUAGAUCUGACUUAUGAUCACUCACAAACACAGGUACCCCAUCAUGUUUCGGAUGUUCUAUCACCCAUUACUUUCUAUGUUUACAUGGCCCGACGAACACCCAAAACAGUUUUGUGCAAAAAUGUUCGUAGUAUUUGGGUACCAGCAGAAUAUCCAAGUUCAAUUCAAAGAAUGCAUGACUGGACUCCUGAUGAAUGUAUUCCUGAAUUUUUUACAGAUCCUUCAGUAUUUAGAAGUAUUCAUGAUGAUUUGGAUGAUCUGGAAGUGCCUCUGUGGGCAUCAGGUCCUGAAGACUUUGUAGAGAAACACAGACAAGCCUUGGAAAGUGAUCAUGUCUCAGAAAGGUUACACUAUUGGAUAGAUUUGACCUUUGGUUACAAAUUAUCCGGUACUGCUGCUGUAAAAGCGAAGAACGUGUGUUUACAUUUGGCAGAUGACCACACCAAUUUGACUAAAUCAGGUCUAGUUCAAUUAUUUGUACAACCCCAUCCCCCAAAAGCCAUAUCGUCCCCCUUCUUUGGAAAACUACCUCCGAAAAUCGUUGUUAAUAAAUCUAGGUCUCGAGACAGAGGUAGCGAAGAUGGAGGGGAAUCUGGUAAAAGUGAUGAAGAUGAAAUUACCAAGGCCAUUUCGGAGUCUUCGUUGUUCGGAUUAUCCAGGAUCAUGUCUAGGAGUAGGUCUUCCUUGAGUGAGGAUCAAGGAGGAUCAAAAAUUAGUCGAAGCCCUAGUGCUCAAAGAAGUACAAGCCUAGGGCCUAAAAACGCAACAUUCACUUCCCACCUAAACCAACAAGUCAAAGGUAAUCAUGUGCAGACGAUAGAGUUACCCAAAGAAUAUAAACCUGAAUUUGCUUUGGAAAACUUGGAAAAACGAUACUCUUUUAUGUCUAAAACGUUUUUCACAGAAUGCGCGAAGUCAUUUGAAGUGUUUGAAGAUGAGAUCAAAAGUGACGACCAUUCCUUAGUCCAGAAUGCCUUUACAAAUUUUAUUUAUACAGAAGGGUUCAAAGAAAAACUAUUUUCCACGCCAAAUGCCUUAAAGUCCCAUACUUUCCCAGUGGAGAAUAGCAGAACUCAAAUCCAUCUGCGACAUAAUGUACAGCAAAACAUGAAUCAAAUUAUGUGCAAUUAUUCAGAAAUUAUUUCGAAGCGCAAAGUGAGAGAGCUGCAAGUUCUAGGUUGCCUUAUAGUUGAAAUAUUUAUGGCAAAACACCUACGAGCCUUGGGAUCUAACAAUAUAGGCCUAACUUUCUCAGAACGUUUCAAAAACUGCCUAACUGUGAUCAAAAAUUUCAAAAAUGACAUUCCUCGUUGUAUAUCUUACAUAGCAAAUUUGCUCUUGCAACCUUCGACAUCAGAUCUUAAAAUGUCAUGCUAUGCACCUAUAACCCACUUAGGUUUACCUCCACCCAGUGCUCAUUUGCUACUGGAACCAUUGCUCGAUUGCUUAAUUCCAUUCCAGAAAUCAUUUUCAAAACUUUACAUGCUACUUGAAUCGCUAAAGGAAUUUAAAAAUGUUGAACUAGAACUAGAUUUACUUUAUCAUUUUGAUUGUGAUGGCACUAUGUGUUCGGACUAUGAACAGUUAGAGAAGACAAAAAUACUAUUUUCUCAAAAUAUAGCUGAGUGUAAAGUUAAAUUAUGUGUAAAGCAUCUGGAAGAGCUUUUAAUUCAAAUCAAUCCUAAUUAUGAUGUGGAAAUUGUUAAUAUAAUAGUCUCCUACAUAGUAGACCUCAUAGAGGACCCCCCAACCUCUGUGCUGUCGGCUUGGUAUCUCUUUGACCCAAUUGCUCGCGUUCUGGGGCCUAGGAGAACUUCAGAAAUGUUAUUGCAGCCCAUUUUGAAACUCUUUGAAAAUGAACCCAAUGAGAGUAGUCUGCCUUUCUAUGGAAAAAUUGCCAAGCUUUAUCACCACAGUUUCCUUCUUCGGUUGAUUGUGAGAUUAGGUUUGAAAUGCUUCCUUGAAAACUUUAUGACACCAUUAGUUGAGGCAGUGGGCGGUUACAAGGAUUACGAGAAAAUUGAGUUUUCACUGCACACCCAUUUAGAGAGGAUUGCAAAAAAAACGUCGCACUUAAAAACUAUGCAAGCGGACAAAGAAUUUUCCAGUGAAACUGCACCUAAAUCGAAAAUAGAGCCCCCGCAGUUUGACAAGGAGGAAGACCUCUUUGAAUUGGAUGAGGAAAAAGAAAAUGAGGAGCAAAUGAGGAGUCUGAUUGAACAUUUGGAAUUAAACAUUGCUUCAGAUCUUCCGUUUAAUCAUUCAACCGCUGAAGAAGCCUUAGACGCUUUCAGUGAAAACAUUGAUCAGUUGCAGAAUAUAGAGGAAAUGACUGAUGAGGGUGAGACAGGGAAUAAAUCGGGAAUUACUUCUCCUACAAUUCCGAUACCGUCCAGUUACCAUAACACCUUGGCCAACAUUAGCUGUGAAAUUGGUAGUAGAAUAAGUGAAUCCGGUAGCCUACUCGAGACGAAGUCAUUACCAUUGGAUUCUCCGAGUUCUUUAAAUGACCCAACAAAAGAUUCAAUAAACUCAGAAGAGACCCCUUCUAAACCUAGUGCAAGACCGAGAGACGUAGACAUCAAAAUCUCCGAGAUAAGUGUUGACUCGAUAAUUUGGCUCUCUCAUAGACUCGGUCCUGUGUUGAUGGCCAGGUUUUUGUCAAGAAAUUUGUUAAAAAUGCUUACGUUAUGCUACGUUGGACGGGAUAACUUAACCUUCCUGUUACAAGAUGAUAACAAAGCAGAUGGCAUCAGCAUAUCUUUUCAUAAAGUAGUGGGAGACCAGAGUGCUAUCAAAGUUUUGGAUUGUCUGGCUAGCAUUGCUGCUCUAUAUGGAGAAAAAUUAAUAUUAUUUCAAUAUCUACCUCACAUUAGUGAAUUAUUGACUCUGUCCAAAAAGAAGCUUACAGCCACCCUUGAAGGUGGAUUGAUAUCUGGUUUGGUACUGUUGAAGCAUAUCAUCCCGUACUUAUCUGAUUCAACUUUAAUGGACCAGCUUCAGGAUAUCUUCACUAACAUCAUUCACCCAACCGUCAGGUUGUUGGGUUCCAUAAAGCAUGUAUUCCCCAACGGUUCCAUUGGAAGAAACGUUCUAGCAAGAAAAUAUAUUGACACUUUAUACAUUCUUUCCAUUAGAAUAGGUUCUGAUAUGUCUAGGAAAUAUUUGUCUGUCCCAUCCUUGCAGAGAUUUUUUCUCUUGUUUGACAAAACUGGCGAGGAACAGAUCACGAAUCAUCCACCGUGGCAACUCGAACGACCUAAUUCUGGAAAAUCUCAUGCUGAAUCAGAGACGUGUGAUUUAGCGUCGACGUCUAUCCCUCACAUCAGACUCAAAGACUCUGAAUCUCUAGAUAGCCUGUCACCUACAUACAGUUCUUAUGCAUUUGACGACGAGAACAUCGUAAAAGCAGCCAUCGACGAAAUCCAAAAUGUUUUUACCCCAGACCUAGCCCACACCUCUUACCUGUCUUUUUUGAAUCACAUUGGAAUCCACUCCUUGGAUAUAUCCUUGAAAAAUCACGACAGAAUCCGGGAGUUAUGCCAAAUUCACGAACAGGAAAUGAGAAACAGCGAAUCUUUCGUGAAAUUGAAAAUUUCUGAUUUUAAAUCUUGCCAAAGUAUGGGGUCUUCUGGUAGCAUUGGCAGUAAUAUUAGUGUGAUUGGUAACAGGAUAGAUGUUCAAGAUCGGCCUUGCUUGUCGCCCGCUACAGAUUUGCUUUCGUUGGUUAGUAAUCGUAUCGAAAAUAGUAGUCGACAUCUGAGAGGAAAUUGGUUCUCGUAUUGGGCCCACGAAAUCGGACGUCACGAAAAAGACAAUUCCUUCAAUUUUAAUCAAAUUAAACUGCAAACAUUCGUGGGUCACAUAAAUAGUGUCAAAUGUAUCCACCCACUUGAUAACGAGAACAGUUUUAUGUCGGGCUCGAGAGAUAAAACAGUAAAAUUAUGGUCCUUGAGAAGCCAGGGCGACGGGUCUGCUACUUCCAACUGUCAGUGGACCUAUACAAAUCAUAAGAAGUCUAUUUUAUCUAUGACAUUUAUCGAAAGCAUGCGAUUGGUGGCGUCUUGUGACAGCGUAGUUCAUUUAUGGGACCCUUUCAUGGGUGUGAGUAUAGCCCAACUAGAAUCGUCCAAGUAUUCUCCGGUAAAUGUGGUGAGAAGUAUGCCAGCCCCUUCUAGCCUGGUCUUUUCAGCAACCACAGAAGGAGCUGUUAAAAUCAUUGACACCAGGCUUACCACAUAUGUAUAUGAUUUGAAAAUUACGGUAAAUCCUUCUGGUCUGAUUCGUUGCAUGGCCGUCAGUCCUUCGGGCAAUUGGAUCGCUGCAGGACAAUCGUCCGGUUGUAUUACUGUCUUAGAUACUAGAACGGGUUUAGUUAUAUCGAGUUGGAGAGCUCACGAGGGAGAAGUACUCCAGUUAGGUGCUGUGGACGAUAAUGCAAUUAUCUCAAGUAGUCUGGAUCAGACCAUAACCGUUUGGAGUGUGAAUGACGGGAAGUUUAAACACCACAUGAGGGGUCCCACUGAGCCGGCUCAUUGUCUCGUCGUUUAUGACCAAUGCCAAUUGGUCAGCGCAACCACUGCCAAUAGAGUAGGUGUUCACACUAGCAUAGCGGCGGAUUCAUCUUAUAGUAGUACGAAAUUGAGGGGCGAUACUUUUAAAGGAUUGCUAACUGCGAUGGCUAUUUUGCCGCUAAAUCGAUUACUAUUACUUGGAGCUGACAAUGGGCAAAUAAGCUUACUUUGUUAAAAAAUGGUUAGUGUUGCAUAUUUGAAACAUUGGUUCGAAAACUCAUUUAACUCAAUUAUUCCCUUUCAGAAAAUAUCUAAGGGAGAUUUUUUACAAUUUUUGUUAUUUUGGUGAUUCAGCCUCGCAAUUAAAAAAAAACACCAGAAAAUCGAGUUUAUCGCGAUUAUGCAAUAAGAGUACAAGUAAAAAGCAAAUGAAAGUAGUUUAGAUGUGUUAAUGUGAUAUGCUUUAAUGAGAUUUAGUAUUAAUGCGUUGAAUAUGUUUAGAUUGUUGAAAUUUAAAUUUUUAUCGGUGGAAGAGUCGGAUCAAUAUAAUUUUGGAAUACUCGGUUUCAUAGUAAGAUUAAUUUAUUAAAAAGCUCGCAAUUGAAUCUGCAAUUACAGAAAUGAUAUAUGAAAAUUUAAAAUUCUCCAGGAUUUGGAUUACACAAUUUUAGCUUUUUUUUAAAGUGCACCUAACCGAAAUUCCUUUUUAGUGUACUUAAAUAGGGUUAUAUGGCAUUAUAUUUCAUUUUCCGGUAUGGUAUUAUUAAUUCCAAAGAAGUAAUUUAAAAAAAAUGUAUAAUUAUUUUAACAUAAAAGACAUUAAUUAACGACUAGGUUAAGGAGACAACUUCAAGUGUAAUCAUGUUUUUGUAAAUCUUAUAUUGUUGAUUCUAAAAUAAAAAAAAAUAAA